UCCUUGAAAGCGGUAGCUUUUUGUGCGUUGCUGUAAAAAGUACAGAAACCUGGUAAAAGUGUUAAAAACAGACAAAUUUCGAAUUUAGAUUAUGAACGGCGCAGUUGUGAUGGGCGGCAACAACGAUUAUGCUAGUGGUGGUAGCAAUAACAGCAACAUGAAUGAUUCUUCACCCGUGCGUGACGAUUACCGAAAGGAUGGUUCUGAAGAACCCUCGCCCGUAAAAUCUUCAUCAUCCAAACGAGAUAAAGACCGUGACCGUGAGAGUCGGGAAAGCCGUGGAAGAGAUCGAGAGAGCCGCGAUCGCAGUCGUGACAGAGAGCGUGGUCGUGAGCGUCGUGAUCGGGAACGUGACCGUGACCGUGAACGUGAUUCAAAAAUUCCGGCUUAUAUUGCACAGCCGGUGUACGAUUUACGUCAAUCGGGAGAUGUUGCGUUCGGUCCAGGAACACGCUCGGCUCUUCUUGGUAUAUUAGGUGGAGCAUUGCCACGUUUGACUACCGAACAGCAUGAACUGGUUACUCGGGCCAAAAAGUAUGCCAUGGAGCAAAGCAUCAAGAUGGUGCUGAUGAAGCAAACUCUUGCCCAUCAACAGCAGCAGCUGGCCAGCCAACGUACUCAAGUGCAGCGACAGCAAGCACUAGCACUGAUGUGCAGAGUUUACGUUGGUAGUAUUUCGUUCGAACUUAAGGAAGAUACUAUCCGGGCUGCCUUUCUUCCGUUUGGCCCCAUCAAAUCCAUCAACAUGUCUUGGGAUCCAAUCACGCAGAAACAUAAGGGAUUCGCAUUUGUGGAGUACGAAAUUCCAGAAGGAGCACAAUUGGCCCUGGAACAAAUGAAUGGAGCUAUGCUGGGAGGACGCAACAUCAAGGUUGGCCGUCCGAGCAAUAUGCCUCAAGCGCAACAAGUGAUCGAUGAAAUUCAAGAGGAAGCAAAGAACUAUAAUCGCAUCUACAUCGCUUCCAUUCAUCCGGAUUUAACCGAGGAGGACAUUAAGAGUGUAUUCGAAGCCUUCGGGCCAAUUGUAAUUUGCAAGAUGUCUCAAGGUAGUGCCGCGCAUACGCACAAAGGAUAUGCGUUUAUCGAGUAUCAGACGAAUCAGUCGGCAAUAGAAGCUAUUGCAAGCAUGAAUCUCUUUGAUCUUGGUGGACAGUUGUUAAGGGUUGGUCGUUCGAUUACACCGCCAAACGCACUGAUGGGUCCAGCUGCUAACUCGGCGAUGCCAACGGCAGCUGCCGUCGCUGCAGCUGCAGCCACAGCUAAAAUCCAAGCUAUGGACGCCGUUGCAACCAACGCCGUGUUGGGUCUGUCGGCUGCAACGCCGACCCUAAAGGUUGGGCUUGGUGCCCUUCCGAUUGCGCAGACGAUCACCACGGCUGGCAAUGCAAACCUAGUUGCGCAAGCGCAGUUAGCGGCUGCAGGUCAGACGGCUGUAAUUGCCCAGCCCGGAUUACUUGUUCCACCAGUAACCAAUGUGACUACUUUGCAAUCAUCGCUGCUGGUUAAUCCCGUAUUGGCUAGUGCAGCUAAACCAUUGCAGUCAGUAUUGAGUGGAGCUAAUCCGGCUGCGGUUGCUGCAGCAACUGCCGCUGCUGCAGUUGCAGCAGCUGCGGCAGCGGCCAAUCCAAACGCAACGGCCGAGGAAGUGCUAAAGAAGGCUCAAGAGAAACAGCAGGAAGAAUUGCAGAAAAAAUUGCUGGAAGAAGGGGAACCGCAAACAUUACAACAGCAAGAAACUAUGUCGAUCAAAGGGCAGAGUGCUCGUCAUUUAGUGAUGCAGCGUCUGAUGCGUCCACGUGAAAGUAAAGUUGUCAUUUUGCGAAACAUGGUUGGCCCCGAGGACGUAGACGAAUCGCUGCAGGAAGAGAUUCAGGAUGAGUGUGGUAAAUAUGGAAUUGUGGAGCGGGUCAUUAUCUACAAGGAGCGCCAGUCCGAAGGCGAUUAUGCCGAGGACGACAACACUGAUGUAAUUGUCAAGAUUUUUGUCGAAUUCUCACAGGCCACCGAGGCAGAUAAAGCCCGCGAAGCACUUCAUGGUCGCUACUUCGCCGGCCGACUGGUCAAGGCGGAAUCCUACGACCAAGCGCUCUUUGACCACGGCGAUCUUUCUGGUUAAAGACGCAGCAUAUGACGAAGAGCGUGACCACACUCUGAUCCACGAUGAAUCCCCGAAUGUGAAGCGUUUCGUGCUCCCUGUAAGCAGCAACUGAAAGUGUAUUUCCACCCCAGCGUCAGUCAGGAUUAAGAAAAAAAAGUGUAUGACCUAUUUUACUAUUCAAUAUUACUCGUAGAGCAUGAAAAGAGAAAAAAAUGCACACGCAAAAUAUAUAUCUACAAAGUACACACACGCGUUGAGUCACAUUCAAACAAAGCUAAACGAUUGAUUUUCGAAUCAUAAUUUAAUUCUAGCUUACUAAUUUAAUUGUACAUAUAAUACAUUUACGCUUCUUGCAUAAAACACGCAAAUAAAUAACAUUAUUAUUG